AACCGCCCCCACCGUGUUUCGGAUAAAAACGGGCGCCGGCGGGGACGAGGACGUAGUUACCCGUAGCCUCGUGAAACUUAAAAAUGCCGCCGUGGGCCGCCGAAUCGAUACGAAGCUUCGCGGUCACGUGGCGCGCCGUCGCCGACCAAUCGCGACAGAAGACGGGCGACCGUCGGACCGAUCGUCGCCUCGCACGCGUCAGUUUGAAAUGAACCGUCACGGAGUCGAGUCGACGCCGCUCUGACGUAAUCCGUUACGCGCGCAAUGUGUGCCGAACAGUGAACGAACAUGAUGGAAGAUCCUGCCCAAGUGCUUUUCACGGAAUUACCGGUACCGUUGUUAUCGACCGCCGCGUUACUACGUCACCAUCACCACACGGCUACGCGUUUCCAGCCUUACCACAGACUCCACCAGCCUCAGCAUUUUCACACCGCCGUGCACGAGUACCGACACCCGUUGCAACGCGCGUUCGAAGAUGACGCCGCCCAAGUGACCGACGUAGACUACGGUAAAACUCACAUUUCGUGCUUGUACCCGGAGAUCCUCGCCAUAAUAUUCGGCCACCUCGACGUCAGGGACAAGGGCAGAGCCGCCCAAGUGUGUACUUCGUGGAGGGACGCGGCGUACCGCAAAUCCGUGUGGCGCGGCGUGGAGGCGAAGCUGCACCUUCGCAAGGCGAAUCCUUCGUUGUUCGCGUCGCUCGUCAAACGCGGCAUCAAACGGGUGCAGGUGCUGUCUUUGCGAAGGUCGCUGCGUGACGUCAUCCAAGGCAUUCCUAACCUAGAAUCGUUAAACUUGAGCGGAUGUUACAACGUGGGCGACAUAGGGAUAUCGCACGCGUUCACCGCCCAAACCCCCUCGAUAACCGAGCUGAACCUCAGCCUGUGCAAGCAGGUGACGGACACGUCGCUCAGCAAGAUCGCCCAGCACUUGAAGAACGUGGAAGUGCUCGAGCUGGGCGGCUGCUGCAACAUCACCAACACCGGGCUCGUGAUGAUCGCGUGGGGCUUGAAGAAACUCAAGAGACUGAACCUGCGUUCGUGCUGGCACAUCAGCGACCAAGGCAUCGGCCAUUUGGCGUUCGGGAACCUAUCACUCGAGUAUUUGGGUCUGCAGGACUGCCAGAGGUUGUCGGACGAGGCGUUGAAACACGCUACCGGACUGACGUCGCUCAAAUCGAUCAACCUUAGUUUUUGUAUCAGCAUAACGGACAGCGGGCUGAAACAUUUGGCGAAAAUGUCGAGUUUGCGGGAGUUGAACCUACGUUCGUGCGAUAAUAUUUCGGACAUCGGCAUGGCGUAUUUGGCGGAAGGCGGAUCGCGCGUCUCCUCGCUGGACGUGUCGUUUUGCGACAAGAUCGGCGACCAGGCGCUGGUGCACAUCUCCCAGGGACUGUUUAAUUUGAAAAGUUUGUCGCUGAGUGCGUGUCAGAUAUCGGACGAGGGACUCGCGAAGAUAGCGAACACGAUACACGACCUCGAAACGCUGAACAUCGGACAGUGUUCGAGGGUGACGGACAAGGGACUCGCUAUCGUCGCGGAGUCCCUCACCAGGCUCAAGUGUAUCGACCUGUACGGGUGCACGAGGAUCACCACCGCCGGCCUGGAGAAGAUCAUGAAACUGCCGCAGCUCGGCGUGCUGAAUUUGGGCCUGUGGCACGUCAGGUGAAAA